AUGAAUUCGAAAAAGAAUAACGUGGCGUCAAAACACGGCGGCAUCAUUGAAGAGAGGGCUGGAUCAGAACUACCAGUCUCAGCGUCACAGCCAAUUGCUUUUCCGUUGGAUACGGUCCUCUACAUGGGCAAGUUCAUGGACUUCCAAGACUAUAAAAAGUUUAUUCUGUCUCUCUAUCCGAAUAACAUCGUAAGCGAUCUCAUUCAGAAAAAAUUGUGGCAACUAUCAACUCACCGGACCGGAACCAUAUUCAUCAACGGGAAGCCAAUCGUGAUCGAGUAUAAUUUCGACCCUUCAAGACUAAGAGAAUAUCAGCCAACCCAGCUCAUAACACCUGCAGUGAACCGUGGUGGUACUAGAACCAGAGCGAGUUCCUCCCGCGGCGCUUACCAAAAGAAGCGCUUCUCCUCACAUCGAACUGAACGCAAUACUGAAACAUCAAAUCUACUAAGCGACGAGUUGAGGAAGAAACUCUAUCCCGGAGUAAAAGACGAGAUGAGUGCGAUGGAUCGCCUUGAGGCGUAUAACACAUCAAAGGCCAUCACUCUUACAAUCACAACUCGAGCAAUUGGAAUGGGCACCCUUCAUAUAUUUUCGUGCCUGUUUGAAUUUAAUAAUAUUCCAAUCAGAGGUUCAAUUUAUCAAUUAUACAGAGUAUCACUAGCCGUAUUAGAGGCUAAGGUUCAAUACGUGCAGCGCGGAAUUGCGUCGAUUCAGAACAAUGAAGACGACUAUAAGCAUAACACCUUCAAUGAAGAGUGGUUGCAGGCAGCUAAAGCUGUAAUCGUCUUACCUGACCAGAUCAGUUCAAUCAUCAACGCAAUUGGGAAAAUAAGCGUUUAUGAUACGACAUAUGUUCCAAACCGGACAGUUUCGACGGUUCUAUCAUCUUGCAAAGUUUCAAUACCAGAAGAAUUAUCAGACUUUUAUUCUACCCUUCUUGGUGGAUGUAACCAAAAACGAAAGACUGGCCAAAAAUGUUCUCGUCUAGUUCGUUCUUAUUGUCAAGAUGUUAUUUUCGGAGUUCAUGAUGGUCGAGUUAAAACGUCGAAGCAUAUCAUGUUAGAUACAACUGACGAGCCUGAGAUGUCCGAAGUUUCAAGUGAAAAUACUUCGCCAAAUAAAAAAAGAAGAAGAAGAACAUUUGAUGAAAUAAAUAUAGAUGAAAUGCCAUACCCUAAGAAACCCAAAAUGACGAGUGAGUUACAAUUAUCAGUUGAUGAUAUAGAAUGUAUGAACUCUCAAAUAAACACGGAAAUUGACAACAUAUGGAUGAUUAGUCACGCUUUAGAAUUACCUGACGUACCUAUGUGGGUUGGUUUCAAUAGUCGGAUUGAUGAUCAAGAUAGUCCACAACAACAUAUAUCUUACUUGACGCCGAUAAAUGCAUCUCCAACCAGUACAUCAAUCGUAUUAGAAACUAUGAAACAAAGCCAAAAAAUAGCUGAAGAUUUACAGCAACCCUACAUACAGGUAACCUACGAUCUAGCUAUAGCUAAAGUAGCGUUACAAAUACAAGCUACAGAAAAUCCAACAUUUGAUAAUUUAUUCAUUCAUUUAGGACCAUUUCAUAUAAUGAUGGCUUACUUCAAAGCUAUCGGUAAAGUAAUUAGUGAUUGUGGGUUGACUACGGUAAUGGUUGAGAGUAGUUUGCUGGCAAACGGUUCAGUUAAUGGGUUUUUAGAUGGAAAACACUUUAAUCGCUGCAAAAGAUUGCAUCCUUUAGUAGCAUUAGGACUAGAAAUACUACAUUUUAAGUCAUUUUUACAAAAUGAUAACAUUACUUUAACUGAGGAUAUAAUAGAUGAAGUUAAGAGACUCCAAAAUUGUAAAAUUUCUUUGUUUGAAAUUGAAAAUGAUGGCCUUAAAGAGCUGAUGAAUAACUACGGUAUCUACAAACAACAAACCCUUAACGGGGAGCAUGGUAAAACGUCACAAUUUUAUCUAAUAUAUAUAAACCUUAUACAUCAUUACUUGGACUUAUCUCGAAGUAUUCGUACUGGAAAUUUUCAACUCUUUAAAUCAGUGUUACCUAAAAUUACAAGCAUUUUUUUUGUAUUGAAUCAACAAAACUAUGCUAGGUGGAGCGUCAAAUAUUAUGAUAGUCUACUGAGAGUUGAUAAAACUCAUCCUGAUUUGUAUGAAGGAUUCCUAAAAGGCUGUUUUGGAAUUAAAAGAACUACCAAGCCAUUUUCGAGACAACCUAUUGACCUGGUUCUAGAGCAAACUAUAAAUGCAGAAGCUGCAAGAAGGCUGACAGGUGUUAUACACUUCACUAACUCAAUUUCGGCGCGACAACGGUGGGCUCGAAACCAUGAUGUAAGAUCUACAAUUAUAAGUCAAGUUUAUCUUGAACUUGGACUACAAAAACAUCAAGAUAUUUCAACAGAUUUGAAUCCCCAUAAUAUCAGGAAAAACGCCAAACAACUACAACAAUUUGUCGCAACUUUCGAUCAAUUUAUCAAUCCUUUUAGUUUAGAAGUUCCCAAAGACCAAUUAGUAAAUAUUUCAUCAGGAAAGUCCGCAUCACUGCCAGUAGAAGAAUUUCUAUUAAAUUUAGAAGCUAAUGGCGAUAGCCUCCGAAGAACAUUCAUUUCUGAAUGCCAAUCUGAUAUUACGCGAUUUGAAAAAGCUAUUAAAAAAACAUCUAUUAAUAAUUUUUCUAAAGAUUAUGAAAAAAAAAAAAUUAAAGUCGGUGGAAAAAUUCAAGAAGUUAAAAUUCAAAGGGAUUUAUUUGGACGUAUGCUGGGAAUCUCAAUGGAUUACAGCAUUGACAUUUCAAAAAUCUUAUCCUACCCGAUUACUUCAGUACCAUUGUCAAUGUGUCAUUUGGAUGGGACCAUUUGCAAGACCGAUAAAUCUGCUUUGAUGAAAUGUUUAGAGAAAGAGGUCGAGCAUGAAGAGCCAUCUCAAAUUGAUAUUCUAAUAAUUGACGGUUUCUUUUUGUUACAUACUAUGAAAAAUGUUCCUAGAAAAUUUGGAGGCAUUUCUAAAAAAAUGUUGCAGAUGGUAACUCAAUUAAAAGCGUCAAGAAUUGAUGUCAUUUUCGACCAGUAUUUUACCCCAUCGAUAAAAGGAUACGAACGUUCUAUGCGAUUUGAAUCUGCACAUUUGGAGUAUACUAUUGCUGGGCCUGAACAAAAGCUCUAG